AUGUCUGCACGCGAGCGUCGCGCGCUCAAAGCCCUUGCAGAGACUGUGAGGCCACAAAAGUCUUUCUCUGAAGAGAACGAUGUCAGCGGGCCGGACGACGAUGAUGAUGACACAUACCUCGCAGACGAUGUUCUCGAUGGGAGAACGACCAUUCCUUUGAGCAAUGCAGGAGGAGAGCUACUCCAUCUUACUGAGAAAAAAUCCCGCAAACGCGAUCUGCGCCAUCGGAAGACACGCGCUGUUAGGCGCGACGACUUGUUUCUCAGACAGAUGGAUGAACUCACGAACGCGUACAUGAAAUGGUCGUACGAGGACCAUCGGCGACAGAAAGCGACGGAAGACAAGGACCGCCAGCGCGAGGAGGAGACCGAGGACGGCGACAAGGAGAUGGAGGAGCUGACGAACGAGAUGAAGAGGCUAAAGCUUGUGGACGUGUUCGUCGUGCGUACAUCGGACCUCCACGUUCCUUCGAGCGGAAACGUCGCUCCCGCGAUUGUUGAGCAAGGAUUCAUUCCAUGUGCCCCAGACAGACCCAGCACUGCGAUAGCCAUCCGCAGCCUCGAGCUCUACCGUGUCACGAAGAUGCGGAACGCUCACCACUCGAUCCAAGCAUACGUCAAAACACUUUGUGACCUUCAUCAUAAACCGUUCGACGCCCAGCUUUCCCGCCACUUCUCUAUCGCGUUCGACAUCUACACCGAAAUUCUUGCGCGGGUCGACAUACUCAUCCAUACCGCUCUCCGAAGAAACUCGCCAAACUGGCGCCUGACCCACGUCUGCCCCGCAUGCAUGUAUACACUGAAAGACGAGCCGGAGCUCAAGUGCAGCAUGUUAUACACAAUGGAUGGCAACGACUCCCUGAAGCGCGUCUUCAAGCGAUCCAACACCCUCGAUGGCGACAACCUCUCGGGCUCUUCGGAACUACCUACGCUACUCAAGGUUCGGAAUGACCGGUAUAUCGAUCGUGACGUGGUCGACCGUUGGGCCAAUGCCCAGUUGGAUCAAGUCAUUACGGCAGAGGAUCUGGCCGACAAUCCUUGCGCGGGAAGGUGGAAGAAUAUGAAGGAGGAUAUUACGAAAAAGAUGUGGGGGGUGUUUGACGAGACUGGUAUAUUUCUGGCCAUAUGCCGACACGGGUUCUCUCUACUCGUAGUUGAUAUGGUUAAGAGCGGUGAAUUGGCUAAGUAUCCACUGGCGAUUGUCGAACGCAUGCUCGAAGCAUUCGGCAAGAACCUGGUUGUCGGCUACGAUAUCGGCUGCAAAUUCAAGACAACUAUGAAGAAAUCCCGGCUCGGGCCCCAGGCAACCAAGCUCAAUCAUAACUGUCUUCUCGACCAUCUCACCACGUAUUUUGAAGGCAUUGGCCUCGAAGAUUUUGAAGGCUGUGAGCGCAAGUAUUCCAGGAGCAACACUCUCGCCGGAUCAGUUCGCCACGCCAGCGCCUACCAUCGCCAGCACUACAUCGACAUGUGGCUCCAUUAUACCGACGAGUUUGAUGUAUAUCCGGCCCUCACGACGUUUUUGUACAAUAAUUACCGGCAAGCCCUCAAGAUAAUGAAGGAUGGCGAACCGAACCUGAAGGCCGAAAUGAAGCGGAUGAAUAUCAAGGACGACUCAGUCUUCGCAAUGUGGUUAGCCGAGGAGAAAGCUUACCUCUUGAAGCUUCAGAAGGAGCCUAACUACAUGUUACUAAUGUACCAAGGUCUCAUCUUGAUAGCCUACCCCACCCAACUUCGCAGACCCUUCAACCCGCCGCGGCCCGGGGUGAACGUCUCCCCUCAUUACGCUCCCGCGAGGAACACACGCCUCGUGCAGGAUCUCGAGCGGCGGCUGGAGAUAGACCGAUGGACCGAAGGCGAUGACGACUGGAUCAAGACUGGUCGGCUGGUUGCUAUGCGUUCGUACCAGAGGGCGCUCGACAAGCUUGAGGGCCUCGUUGUCGCCCGCAUCUUCGAGCUCAACAGCAUGAACCGGCCGGGCAUGGGUUACGCUAUGAGGCAGCACAUUGGCAAAGCGCUGAAGUCACGCGGGUCCGCCAUCCGCUCAGCUCUGCAGGAGUACAACUCCGCUGCCGCCUCCUUGAAUCCCCCCCGCCCCCAGCUCUCGUGGGACGACGUCUCGCGCUACGCUUUUCUCGCCGAUUUCGACCUCCUCCGUGACGCACGCGAAGACAUAUCCACGCGAGCGUGGGCGAAGCCGGCCGCUCGAUCGGCCAUGGAUAUGCACUUCAAGAUACUACGUGCACGCGAAGAAAUCGCGCGCCUCAACGUCGAGAUCAAACGCGUCGCCACUUACCUUCACGACGAGGACAAAUACCUCUCGGCUUGCGAAGAGAAGCUUCGCCAGCAGCACCCGCCGCUCGCCUUUCAGGUGGCCGUGCAUCGGAGUAUCCGCUCCAGGUGCAACGCCUCUCACGCGAAGCGCCUACGUGACAUCGCAGCGCUCGAUGGUUUCACAGGGUCGAUCGAAGUCGGCCAAAGCACGCUAAUCGGUCCAGGAGAGAGCGCCAGCCUUCCAGACCCUAUCAUUCCUCCCUCCCUCGCUGCACAUAUACCUGUAGCGGCCGUGCCCGAGUACGCUUCUGACCUUGAGGACACUGACGAGGAUGAAGAGGAGGCUAGCAUGAACGAUGCGGAAGGCGUAGACAAUACGGAGGAGGCAAUCAAUACCAUCCUUAGUAUAUAUUUUGCAAAAAUCCCGGUAUUCGGAGGGGCUUCCGUUGCUGAGAUAUACGUGCUCGCUGUCGGUGACGACGAGCAGCGACGAGCAGAGAGCCGCCGUCACCGUGUGGGACGACGGCUGGCAUCAGCGAGCUGUCACCUGUCAAUUCCUGACGUCUAG